UUAAAACAUAUUUAUUGUCAAAAUCACAGCUUCAGUACUUCAGUUUUAACUAACAACGUUUCAUUUGAACGAGAAAAUUAAAUUCGUAUAGCCGGACAUUGAUAGUGGAGCUGGUUUAAAAUUGAAAAUGGCAACCAAUGUUCAGCAGGUUGCAGUAUCUAAACCAGGGGCAUCCUCUGGUAGCCAGGGAAAUGCAAGCGAAUAUGUUGUGAGAGUUCCCAAUGAUCCUUUGAAGAAAUACAGCAUGAUCAAAUUUGCCUCAGGGACAGACAUUGACUUCUUAAAAUUGUCACAUGGCAAAGUCAAAAUGGAAAGAGAGAACAAUUUAAGGCAAUACAAGACUAUAUAUAAUCUGGACGCAAUGCCCAAGUUUGGUGCAGGCAGUGAAUAUGGCAGAGAACAAAAAGAAGAAGCCAGGCGGAAAAAAUAUGGCAUUAAUAUAAAAAAGUACAACCCCAAUGAUCAGCCAUGGCUUAUGAAAGUUGGCGAUGGGAAAGAUUGUAAAAGAUAUAAAGGGGUGAGAGAAGGAACAAUAAGUGAGAACACUUCCUACUAUAUCUUCACUAAAUGUGCCGACGGUGCCUUUGAAGCCUUCCCAAUAGAAGAGUGGUACAAUUUCCAACCGGUGGUAAAAUACAAGUACUUAAACUCAGAAGAGGCAGAAGAAGAAUUUAGCAGACGGGACAAGACCAUGAAUCUAUUCUCCAUCAUGGUGCGCAAGAGAAUCAAGAAUGAAGAGGAGACAGAGGAGAAACCUGAGGACAAGAAAGACAAAAAGAAAGACAAAAAAAGUCUGAUCCUUACAGACAUGGAGGAUUGGAUGGAAACUGAGGAUGAAGAGGAGGAGGAGGAAGAGGCAGAGGAAGGGGCAGAAAAGAAGCCCAAAAAGGAGAAGAAGGAAGAGAAGACAAAGAGGCGGAAAAAUGCAAAGAUUAAUGCUGAUGAUGAGGCUGUUGAGGAGAGUGAUGAGGGAGACUUUGAUGACAGGGAACUGGACUACAUCUCAGACUCGGGAAGUGAGUCAAGUCUGGAUGAGAAGGCGAAGAAUGACAAGUAUGAUGAUCAGGGUGUUGACCAGGAGAAGGGUCUGAAGAAACUCAUCGACUCGGAGGAAGAGUCCAGUGAAGAGGAAAACAAAGAGGAGGAUGAGGAGGAUGAAGAGGAAGAAGCGGAAAAGGAGGCACAGAGUAAAAAGGAGAAAAAGAAGAAGAAAGACAGCAAGGAAAACAACAAAGAAGCAGGUGGAGAAAGUGACAGCAGCAGUUCCUCCUCAGACAGUGAUGACUCAGACAUUGACAAGAAUGAGGACAAAUUCUCAUCUGUCCUUUUCAUGCAGGAAAAGAAAAGAAGUUCCAGGCCUAACACACCUACAGUUGAGAAGUUGGAAAUCAAAACAGAACCUAAAUCAGAAGGUGGUAUUAAACGGAAGAUAGAGGCAGAGGAAGGCGGGGCGGAGAAGAAAGUGCGCACAGAGUCCCCUGCACCUAGCUUGAAAACAUCUGCAUCAAGUUCGUCUAUAUCUAGCAGUGGAGAGAUCACUGAGGAGGCUAUACGACACUAUCUUACACGCCGACCAAUGACAGCAAAAGAACUGGUGCAAAAGUUCAAGGCCAAAAAGUCACAGAUGUCGAAUGAACAGCUGACGCAAAAAAUCGGGCAACUGCUGAAGAAAAUCAACCCUGGCAGGAAAUAUAUAAAAGGCGUCAUGUACUUGUCACUUGAGAAAACUGAAUGAGGCAUAAUGCACAUGCGAUACUAUUUAACAUAAAUGGUUCAGCCUGUUCAGCCUGUGACCUCAGUGUUCGGAUAAUUGUUGCAAGUAAUUGUUCACAAUGUUGAGGGCUUUUUCAAAGGCUAAGCCAUAUUGGAGUUUGUGUGACUUAGGCUUGGGCCAGUUCUAGCAGCUGGCUGGUGUAUUCUGAUGAGAACAAGUAACACGAGUUGUAAGAUGUAUAAAUCAUUCAUGAAAAGAAAGAGAUUGAGCACAUAUUAUGCCAAACAUUCUUACAAAUGUUUGAUAUAAGAUGUAUAAUUUGUUACCAGAUCUUUUCUACAUGCAGUUAAUGCAUGACUAAAUUCUUGCACAAACAAGCAGGCAAUGUUUUGUAUCAAAAGACUCUUUGUGAACAUGACUAUGCAAAGUGUAUACAUUUGUGUUAUUUUUAAUACAUGAAUGUUGCCAUCAGGUGUUAGAUGACACACAUUUAUUUGUAAAGUUUAUGUUGCAUGUUUUGAAAAGCCAUCAAAAGAUCUGUGAUUAUUAUGCUUUUCUUGUAGGAGGAUGGAGUUUUAAAAUGUGGUAUCUUUUGAUAAUUUCUGUUCAUUCAGUACUUAAAGAGUGCUUAAUAAAAAGUGUUAUGUGUUUUUCAUAUCAUGGUGCCAUGUUUUGCAGAAUAAUUGAGGCUUGUCCUCAGACUGCAGCUUUUUGUUUAUUGUGAUUUUAUGGUCACAAGAAACUGCCUGAAAUAUAAUUUGAGUUUAAUCAUAAUUCUAACAUUGGUCUGCAAUGAAAACCUUGUAAGUACCUCAGGAAGUAAUAUGCAUUUGGGUAUUUAAAUAAAGCACUACUGGUUUUUUAUGAUAGCACUAUUUAUGGAAGUUUGUAUUCAAUAAUAUGUCAUUGUUGUCUUUCAUAAAAUAAAAUGUCCACACAGAU